AACAUUUUCUUAGAAGACAGACAGAAAAGUCUGAACUGAAGAGUGUGUUGUGUUGUGUACUUCCAGUACUAUUUUAGUCUUUGUUACUAUCAGUGAUUGUAUUCAUGUUUAUUACUCACUAUAUUAUUUGAAUAUGGCUAUUGUUGAGCACAGUCAGUUUAGUCUUAGUUAAGUGAGAGAUGAUAUUUUAGUUUUAGCCAUGUCGCUAACCUUGACUUUGCAAAGGAAAUGUUAAAUUGUCCAUUUACGAGAAGACUAUCGCAGUUAUACUUUAUAAAAGUUUAUACUACACACUGAACACUUCACUUACUUACACCCACUGACGCCCACUGUGUGGGCCAUACCUCCUGAAUGUAUUAAGUGUAAUUCAAUGAGUUGAACAGUCAGUUAACUAGGUAAGGACAAGGUAGGGGUAGGUUUAAUUAAAUUUAAUUAUUAAUUUUAUCUCCUUAUUAUAAUAUAAUAUAAUGUAAUAUAAUGAAAUGGCACUGGAGUCUGUAGUGUAGCUUGGACUACACUAAGUCAGGAUAACUUUUAAAAGUCCAAGGUACUAUCACUAACUUUACUAAGUUGUUUAAGUCACUACUAACAGGGACGGCUUACUGGCUUAACAGCAAUGAGGGCAUUUGAGGGCCUUAGCCCUGGGAAAAGUAAAGUACUAGUACUAUUUUCCUUUUGAACUCUAACCCUUCCAUGUAGUUGGUAAAACCUUUCGGGCCAUGAAUCAUGACCAGUGUUUCACACCAAUUUAAUCAGAGGGCAGGCACUUCGGGUAUUUUUUUUUUUUUUUUUAAGAUGGGGACACCUAUUAGCACAAAAAUUAGGCAUUGAGACGCACAGGGCCAGCUCUGACUCUGUUGCCACCACCAUACUUAAACAUAAAUUAACUCUGGUUUCGUCAACCCCUUAGUCUUAGUCUUAGUGAAUCAUAGUGAAUGCUUUUGGCCCCAGCUUAGUUUCACCCCUAGAAAUUACAUAGUCCAACUAUAAUAAAUACUAUAUAGGCCCUACAUUUACAUACCAAACUAAAGGAAAAUCAUAUUUUUAUCAGUUCAAGAAAAUCUUUUUAAUUACUAAUAUUUAGAGCUUUUUUGUAGAUAAAAAGGUGCUGGUACUGUCACUUUGAUCAAGGAGGGAGCAGAAAUUGAGGGUGGCAAGUGAAACAGGGUGGGGUCUGGGAAGGGAGCUCAUUGAGCUCCUCCCCUUGAAAUUUUUAUAAAUUUAAAAGUCAUAGAUGCAUUUAGUGCAUACCUGCAAUGGGUUUUACAUCAUUCUACAUUCAAUCGGCAAGCAACAGAAAAGAAGCUAGUGAAAAGUUAGGUUCCCUUGAUCUGGAUGUGUUAGCAAAUCCCUUGUAAAUGUUUCUAUAAAUUACCAGUGACCAGUAACAUAAAAAUAUAACAAAUAUUCUUUUUUGGGAAAAUUAUAAAGAUAAAUGUGAAGAGAUAGCACCGCGUUUUUUUACCAUGGAGAAUUUAUGUCCUAAAUGUAUCCCUAAACCUAACCUGAACCUUAAAUCUAUCCCUAAACCUACACUUAUCCCUAACCUGGGUUUUGACCCUAUCAGAUUGGAACCAGGGACAAAACAUGCAUAUGAUGUCAUGGUGCUAUCUCUUCAAAUUAGCCAGUAUAAAGUUUUUUGUAUGGCUUUUAAAAUAAAACAGGUCAUUAAAAAAAAUUAUAUAAAUGGGAUAAUCAUGUAAGGGAGAAAUUUAAAAAAUGCAUCAAAUAUUUUUUAAUGUAUGAUUUAUCUGAGGUAAGUUAAAGCAGUAUAAAUUCUUUAAAAAUUCAGUAAAUUGAAUGUUUUUUUGUCACUUCAAAUAACUAUAUAUUUAUUUAGAUAAAUUAUUAAUUAAUGAACAUAUGGCGCCUAUUGUAAAACCCUUUGAUUGACCAUAACACAUUUGUGUCCCCCAAAUCCCUAGAUUUUUUAAAUUGAUCAUUUAAAUUUAGAAUAAAUAGUGGAACAAAAUAUGUUUAAUCUUGAAAAAAAAGAGACCGAGCAAUAACAAGGACUUUUGGGUGUAAUGCCUCCUGCAUUGCAUAACAUAAAAAAAAACAACAAAUAAAUAGAAAUUAAAAGCUUCAAUGUAGUUCUUUCAGCCUCUGUUUAGAAACAAAAAAACUCUGUUAGAAACAGAAGUAAAGUUGUUCAAAUCUAAAUUUUAUCUUGUUCCACUAUUUACUUACUUAACACAGCUUCAGAUAUUUUAUCCUUAAAGCUUUAACUAAAGAAAAUUUUUCUAUGACUUGUACUAAAAAGUGGAGUUAGCUUAAAAAUAGAGAAAGUUAUUCACACAAACUUGGUAAAUGAUCUUCCCACAGCAGUUUAAAAAAAAAGAAUUGAAUAAUAAAUUGAAUAAUUGAUAUGUAUUAACAAUAUGAGUAUGAGGAGUAUGAUGACCCUAGAAGCGUGAGGUCCACAGUUACUGCCCAGUAAGCCUAUUCUUUAAGGCAGCAUUGGCUACUAAGCCUUGAUAACUGCUUUUUGCAUUAGCCUCUUCCUACGAGGAGUUACAGAGUUAGUAAAGCCUAGCCGAACCUUCUUUAAUCCAUUUUACUAUUUGAUUUGUCGAAUCAGGUUCUUUCUUAUAGAAAUGUUAACUAAGUAUUAAAUUAAAUUGGUGGGUUUACUUGAAAAAGGAUGAAUAGGAAGUCAUGUAGCGUGAAGGCUGGUCAUUUUGAUAUAACUUUUUUUGCUUUAGUCCUGCUCAAUCAAAAUUUUUUAAUGAUUAUUAAUAUGAUUUGGGCUUUAAGAAUGCACAGUUAUUAAUUUCUAUCUACUAGUUGUUUAUUCCCCUUUUCUUGUAUAAGUUAUAUUUCAGUUACUGUGGUAUUGAGGACUUGUAUGUUACUGGUAAAAAUUUGGUUGAAUCUGAAAUGUUCAUCCCUUUUUAACAGGAUAAAGAUGUAUAUUCAGCUUAAAGAUGGAUGAAUAUUCUCAAGAGUUUGUCAAUGAAGGGCUGGCCAAAGAAAACCUGGAACUACUUUACCAUUUCUAUCAGUCAAGAGAGCUUUGUGAUGUGGAAAUUAAUGUAUGUAAAGAUGUAAUGCUAAAGUAAAAAAAAAAAAAAUGUAUUCUCAUCAAAUCAAGGCAUUAUUAAAUAAAGACAUGGAUAAACCAGAAUAUUUAGAUUUUAAGAAAUCCUUCUGUCCACAAUUAUUUGCAAACAUGCCAUAAAUUAUGAUAACAAUUUUUAGGCAACUUUUGACCACCUCCCUAAACCUUUUUAACAACUGUCAAAUUUUCAAAGACCCCCCUCCCCCAAACCACCAUUUAUGUAAAAAAAUCUCCCCUCUCUCUCUCUCUCCUUCUCCCUUUCUCCCCAACCCCGAUUUCAAUAUCCAUGUUACUAUCUGAUUUUUCAAAUCAGGUUCUUUCUUAUAGAAAAUGUUAACUAAAUAUUAAAUUAAAUUAUUAAAUUGGUGGCUUUACUUGAAAAAGGAUGGAUGGGAUGUCAUGCCGUAUAAAGAAUUAAUAGAGAUCUUUUUAAAUGCUUAUAUAUGGAAGUCAGUUGGGAACAACAAAUUUAUUAUGGUACAUUUGCAAAGCUUUUAAAAAAGAUAUAGUUUGUAACAGUUCGAAUAUAGAGUCAAUUUUAUAUGGCAGAAAUAAGUGAAGAAUUAUAAGGUUUAAAUAUUAUUGUUUGUAAAUGUAUUACUAUUUGUUUCAUCUUCACAUUGAUAAGCCUAAUGUUCAUCGUUUGCAAUAGCGCAUAAUAACAGAUAAAUCAAUUAUCAUUGGCAUAUUAAUAUUGUUAUGGAAUCUGUUGACAUUAUCUUUGUCUCUUUUGACCAUUCAGCGCUUAAAAUAUCAGCAUUUUUUUGUUGAGGAGCAGAUGGUUAUUUCUUAGGACCAAUAAUGUACCAUCAGUGUAGUUCCAAUCACUUAAAGCUGUACAAAUUUUUAUAACCAUUAAAAUUAUGAAAAUUAUUUUGCAACUAAUUAUCUAGGCCUAUUUAUGAUUAUAAAAUUUGUAUAUUAUAGGUACAUAUCAAAUAAAAAUAGAAUUGUUAACAUCAAACUUUUUCCAACCCCUCCUCCCCUUUAUUUUUUUUAUUUUAUCCUCUUAAAGGCCAUCCAUAAACAACGUCACCUAUCUAGAGGGAGGGGGUCACAAAUUUGUGACGAUGUAUUGUGAGGGUUUCCAAAUUUGUUUUAAAAAUCUUUUACAAGGGUGGAGUGGGGGGGAUGUCAAAUAUUGAAAAAAAUGUAACAUUUAUAAAUGGCCCCUUGCACCAAAAUCUAAGUUGUAAAAGAAGUAAGAAUUUUUGCAAUAACUUACGGAUCAUUUUUAAUACUUCCAUAUUUCAGGUUGGCAAAAAGCUUUUCUUCUGCCACAGACUGGUAUUGGCAUGCGUAUCUGAGUACUUCAGAGCCAUGUUUCAAUCCCAGAUGACAGAGGCUACUGAAAGAUCCAUAAGUAUAAAAGACAUAGAAGAGGAUGCCAUGGAAAAAUUAAUUCAGUAUGCUUACACAUCCCGCAUAAAGCUCAGCACAGAUAAUGUUCAAUCCAUCUUGUAUGCUGCUUCAAUUUUACAGAUUGAGACGGUUGCCAAUGCCUGUAGCAAUUUCAUGCAGUCACAUCUGCACCCAACUAACUGCAUUGAGGUAUGGAUAAAAUUUCUUUUGAGAAGUGAGAUCAGGUUCAUAUUUAGAUCUUAAACUUUAUCAAAGAAGAAAAUUUGUAGGGUUUUGUUUUUAAAUUUUUAAGCAAAUGCUAUUGAUUUUUGAUGUACCAUGGUUAUUUUAGUAUUAGUAUCUUUUUAAGGCUUUCUUUGAUUUAAAUUCAAUCAUAGUGAGUAAGCCCAACUUGUCUUUUAAAGUAGACUAUUUUAUAUAACCAUAAAAUGUUUUUAAAACUAUUUUAAAAUUUACUUUAUAUUAACAUAAAUGACUUCAUAUAUUAUUAUAAAUAUGUUUGUGUGUUAUAAAAUUAAAUUAAGAAAGCCAAGUAGGCUCAUGUGUUUAUGCUGGCUAAGAUUAUCACAAAUUAUAUAGAAACAAACGGCUGUAACUCCCUUUAAAAUUACUGUCGCAGGUUAGAAGCUUUGCCGAGGCCCACAAUCGUGUGGAGCUGAUCAAGACCACGGACAACUACAUAAGAGACAAUUUCAUUUCUGUGUCCCAAAAUGAAGAGUUCCUGUCAAUGCCAAUAGAGAUCCUCGCAUCACUGGCAGCAUCAGCUGAUCUCAAUGUCGACUCGGAAGAGCAAGUCUACACAGCCAUUUUGAGUUGGAUAAAACAUGAUACGGAGAAACGUGGCGAGUUUCUAUCAUCAUUACUUGCCAUGGUGAGUCAGCCGUUACGGAAACAAAAACAACUCUUUGUUUUUCUUAAAGAGGUUAAACUAUUGUAUUUCUAAUGUUAAAAUGAUAUUGUUUUUAAAAUUGCUCAAAAUAUAAAGUAAGUUUUUUUAAAAUCAGCCAUUUCAUGCUGAUUUUGUUAUAAUGUAUCAGUUUACACUCCAUAGCCAGGGAGCCAUGCAUCUUAGCCUUAAUCAAACUUUCAUUAUCAUAAAUCUAAAAUAUUUGAAUUUUACAUUUAUGUACCAUUGUAUGGUUUUGCAAAUUUAGUUUUAAGAUUUGAACAUGUUGAACAAUAUGUAACAAAGGACAGAAAACAACUAUACAAAGAAAAAUUAUAACAAAGCUAGUGAUAUUAACACUAUGCAAUUUAAUGAUACUUUUAAAUUUAUAUAAAAAUAAAAAAAUAAAAAGACAGAAAUGAAAACUAUAUCAACAAGUGAACAAGUACAAUCCUUGAGAUAUACAAAUAUUAAUGUACACAUAAAGAGUACAAUCUUGUAAGUAUAUUGUCUUUUAUAUGUCUAGGAAAAAUAGCAAACAUCUCUCUCUGCUGGGAAAGCUUUCAACUUAUUUAUAGGGAGGGAGUAAGAACCCCCCAGGAAAGAAUUCUAGAAAUUGAAUGACCCGAAGGCAUUCUCUAGAACAAAUAGAAAGUAAACAACCUUUUCCCAACCAGGAUGGGGUUGGUUCAGCAGCACAGUGCUGUGCAUUAAAUCAGGGACAUUAAUAUCAAAACAAAAAGGGAGAAAGAGGUGUAGGAACGCUUUAGCUCUAGGUUCAAGUAAAAUUAGGUCAAGACACCUCCUAUAAUACCUAUGUUAUAAUAAUAUCAAAAACUGCAGAGUCAGAAUAUUUUUUUUUUUUUGCACACAGAUCAAGCUGCCGCUUUUGAAUCCAACGUUCCUUGUGGAGCAGGUUGAGAAAGAUGAACUCAUUCGCAAUAACCUGAAAUGCAGAGAUUUACUGGAUGAAGCCAAAUCCUACAAAAUGUCACAGGCCAGCCUUGUCCCUGAAAUCAACAUCACAGAGAGAUCACGACCAAGAAAAAGUUAUGCAGGUAACACUAAUUAACACUUUCAGAAUGCUGAAUUUUAAAGAGACUUUGUCUUGGAUCAGGAGUCUCCAAAUUAGGCAGGCUGCAGCAAGUGUGAAUUAAAUUUUUAUCAGCCUAUCGAAUGAUUAUAUUAUUAUAAAUACGGUAUAUAUUUAUAAAAGCAGCACAUUUUUUAGCGUGUUAAAAAUGGUCUGCCAACAUCUGACAGUUGUGCAGUUUCCAAAAAUAAACGCAGCAAAAUUUUGAAUAAAAUAAAUGAAUUAGUGCUCCUGUAUAUUUUUUCAUGCAUGCCUUCCAAAAUGUAAGUAUAGCUAUUCAAAUAAUUAAUAUAGAUUAAAGUUGUAGCACAUUUAAAAAUUAUUUGGAGAUUCCUUAUCCUUUUCAUCAUUCACUCUUUUUAAAGGCAUAUCUUGUGUAAAUGUCAAGUUCUUUAACAUAGGCACCUAAUCUUCCAGAUAUGGCAUGUGCCAUAUACAGUAGGAGGUAACACCUCAGGUCUAUAGAGCCAAGUAAGCUUGCCCUGACUCAUCGAUUUUCAAAUUAUAAACUUUUGAUAUAAAACCUGUAACCUAUAUUAAAUAAAAUUUCAAUCUGUGGGUUUAUUGUUAUUUCUAUAGACAUUUAUGUUGUUAAUUUUCAUUUUAUCCUGCAUUUGGAAUUUGAAUAACUUAUAUUUAAAGUAUCUUUUUCUCCCAUAGUGUCGUAUAUUUAUAAUUCACAAGUUUAUUUUCAAACAAUGUAAAUUUUUGAGAUUUCAUGACUUCCAUGAAAGAGACUUUGUUGAAUUUGACUAAAAGACUGGGUUUUUUUUAAGGUGUUCUUUUCUGUGUUGGAGGCAGAGGUGCGUCUGGUGACCCAUUUAAGAGCAUUGAAUGUUAUGAUCCUCGGCAAGAUAAAUGGUUUCCUGUUGCUGAUAUGACAACAAGGAGACGACAUGUAGGAGUCUGUUCCUACAAUGGUGAUUGUUUUAAUUAACUUAUACUUAUUUAUAAUUAUAUAAAAUUUAUUUUCUAAUUGGGCUUCCCAGAUUUUAAUUUAUAAAAAACCAAUACAAUUGUAGUGACCCCAUUUAUUAUUAUAUUGUUUAGUAUUUGAAUGAAUAUGAUGUUUAUUGAUGCAUUUUUGAAUGUCUUGCUACCAAGACAUUUAAAAAAUUAACUAACAAUAUAAUAAUUAGUAUUUAGUAGCCAUCAAAGCGUCUGAGAUGGAAAGGAUUAAUGUAAGCACAUUUUUCCUCAUCCAAUUUUUUAAUAAUUUUCCAAGGCUUUUUGUAUGCUGUUGGGGGUCAUGAUGGUGUAGACCACCUACGCAGUGGAGAGGUGUUUGAUCCCAAAUCAAACACAUGGAAACCUAUUGCUCAAAUGGAGACUCUGAGGUUAGUCAAGACUGCUGAAAUAGCAGUUCUUUAUAAUAUAUACUCUUAUUUUCAUAAAGAUCUAUUAAAUAAAAUUUAACUGAGAUAUUUGUAGCAACAGAUGGAAUUGGGGGUUUGAAUGGGCAUCUACAUUUAAAAUAUUUUGUCAGCCCUACGUAGGCUCAUAAAAUUUAAAGUGAUUAUGAUACCUUACAUCACAUUUGUUGAGCAUUUGACCUCUACUACAUAAAUAUAAAAUAGGUAAUUGUUUCCAAAACUCACAAAUUUGUGUGUAAAAAUUUGGAGGCAAUCCUAAAUGCACCCUAAUUUUACAUUCACAAAAAUAAUUUGAAUGUGCUGGAAUAAGCAUAAAGAAAUAAUUCUUCAAUAGAAGUCACAGCUAUAAAAAUCUUAUGCAACACUGAGCUACAAAUGUAAAAUUAGUCAUGAUUUUUUAAACGAUUACCGGUAUUUAAAAUCUGCUCUGCAAGAAGAAAAUAUGUAGGAUGGUGUUAAUUUGUCUACUGCAAUUCAAUCUUGAGUUGGAGAAAUCCAAUCAUUUGCAGAAAAGUCCUGUUGAACUCGGCCUGUUUUGUACAAAUUUUAAACUUUUGUAUGUAUGUUUCAGGAGAGGAAUAGCCCUGGCAUGCCUAGGGGAUGUCAUAUAUGCUGUGGGUGGUCUGGACGAUGCAACUUGCUUCAACACAGUAGAGAGGUAUGACCCAAGCCGUGACUCCUGGAGUUUCAUUGCACCUAUGGAAGUUCCCAGGGGGGGUGUCGGUGUUGCCACGUUAAAGGUAUACUUUUAAAAAAUACAUUCAACUUAAUAACAUAUUGCACCGUUUUUAUUUAACAGAGUAGACAUUGAUCAGAAUCAGCAUCAUCAUUUUUGUUCAUUUUUUUGUUUACAUAUUGGCAGAGCUUGUUUUAGGUUAGUUUGUCCUAUUUGUAUAGCAGAGCUUGUUUUAGGUUAGUUUGUCCUAUAUGUAUAGCAGAGCUUGUUUUCGGUUAGUUUGUCCUAUAUGCAUAACAGUGAACCACGAUUUUCAACAUUGUGAAGAUGAGUGAUGAUUAUUAAAUUCUUUUCAUUUUUUUCUGUCACUGCAGUAUGUAAUGACCCCUUGACAAUAUCAGCCAUUACUUUUAUUUACUAUAUACUUUUUUAUUGAUUGUUAAGAUUUUAGAAUGUACUUAAUUCAACCCCUAUCACAUAUUAAAAAACUAAAAUUAAUUACCCCAAUCUUUUUGGUUUAAAUUAAAUUAUUUCUGAUAAUUCAUUUAUACUAUAAUCUUUCUGCGGAUGUUGAUCUUAUUUCAGUAUCUCUACCUAUUAUUUUAUAGGGUCAUCUGUAUGCGCUGGGAGGUAACGAUGGGACCAGUUCGCUUGACAACUGUGAAAAGUAUGAUCCCUAUUUAAACAGGUGGAAUCCCAUUGCCUGCAUGCACAAGCGCAGAGCAGGGGCAGGAGUGGCCGUUCUCGAUGGGUGCAUAUAUGUUGUUGGUGAGCAUCACAUAUUUUUUUAAUGUUGGGAAAACCACCCAUUGAAACAUAUCCGGAUCCAUUAAAAAAAGUAUUUAAUUUGUUAAAGGUAAUGCAACUUGGAUUGAUCACUGUAAGGCUGUGCUAAUAUAUUAAGUUGAUCACUGCUUGGUUUUAUGAUCAAAUCAGCAACUCAUAGUUUCAAACUGGGGGUCAUUUAGGAAAAUUAACUUCAUAGCUUAGUGUUGUAGCGAAGACAAAAUAAGAAAUAACAUGUUUAUUAAGCCAGGUAUGUAAUGGUGUAAUUAUUGAGAAUCACUACCAUGUUAAAAGCAAUAUUACUAUUAAAAAAUACCAAUUUCUAAUUUGGGAUUAGUUUUUGACGGCAAGCAUUAUUAUCCUUUAAUGAGGAUACUAAUAGACUUGCCUGUUUGUUGAAUGGGACCAUUUAAAUGUAAUUUGUUACUUCCACUUUCCCAGUUUUUUGCGUAAAACUUAAUGGUUUACACAUUCCUGAUAAUAUUGCAGUGUGGACACACACAGAGUAGAGUUGGUUUUGUCCCCUAUCAUUGUGGUAUAUCAUUUGUUUCAAACUUUUCAUUACCAGGUGGCUUUGAUGACAACUCGCCCUUAGAUUGUGUGGAAAAAUAUGAGCCAAAAUCAAACAAGUGGACAUUAGUUGCAAGCAUGUCUUGUUCUCGCGGUGGAGUGGGAGUCAGUGCACUCGGGGGGAGACUUUACGCAGUUGGUGGCCAUGAUGGAUCCAACUAUCUCAACUCAGUGGAAGCAUUUGAUCCACUGACAAACAGGUAAUUUCAUUGUUUUUAUCAAGUGAAAAAAGACUGAUUAAUUUAUCUUAUUGACUUCAGUGUCUAAAUGUAGUGCUCUGAAAACAGGAACAUUUUUUAGGUCAAGUAUGAGCAUGUCAUCGCACUCCUUAGUUAUCUGCAAAAUAAAUACAGAAUUGAAGCACAAUUGUAGGAAGCAUUAAAUGUUAAACACCUGUUCGUCUUUUUCAAUCACUUCAUUCUUUGAUGGGUUAUAACUGUUAGUUAAUGAAAUGUAGAAAUUGUAUUGGCGUCUCAGAAAAAAUUAACUCUUGUUUAGUGUACUAACUCCUGAUUGGAAAACUCUGUAAUGAUUCUAUUAGAAAACCUUAUAUGUUUCUAAUAGAAAACCAUGUAUGAUUCGAGUAGAAAAUUUUGUAUGAUUCUAGUAGAAAUCCCUGCAUUAUUCUAAUAGGAAACACUACAUGAUUCUACUAGAGAACCCCUUUGUGAUUCUUUUAGAAAAACCUGCAUGAUUCUAUUUGUAACCUAUGAAUGUUUCCAUUAGAAAACCCCUUUAUGAUUCAAGUUGAAAACCCUGUAUGAUUCUACUAGAGAACCCCUUUAUGAUUCUACUAGAAAACCAUUCAUGAUUCUAUUAGUAAACCCUGUGUGAUUCUAGUAGCAAACCCUGUAUGAUUCAAGUAGAAAAUUCUGUAUGAUUCGGGUGGCUAGAAAUUCUAUCCCCCUGAAUUGUACAGGGUAUUCUACUAUAAGGUUUUUUUGUAAAUUGUAAAUAUUUGCUUGAGAAAUUUUCUUACAAUAUAUAAUUGAUGAUGAUUUAAUAUAAUCUGUUACUUUUGACAAUCUGUUAGUUGAAGUGAAGAAUAUCUGGUAAUUAGUAACAGAGCAUUGAAAAGAGGGUUUACAUUUUAAUUUUUUUUUAUCAGGUGGGAACCAGCCCAGGGCAUACAACAGUACAGAGCAGGUGCAGGCGUGGCCUACUGCGAUUGUUCCCCCAAGUUGUUACGGCAUGUUACAUCGGCAAACACAACUGGUCACUUAUAAGGCACAUCAGGUGAAACUAUUCAUCUAUUGAAAUUCUCCUCUAAAAUUCUGGUUACAUCACUGAAGAUUUUAUCCUAUUAUGAAAACAAGAUCAAUGUUUUAAUUUUUCUUUGUUUUCUAAUAAGUACUCAUAUGAAUUAAUUUAACAUAGGUUUAUCUCUAAAAGAACCUCAUGAAAUAAUUGAGUGCACAUGAUCAUCAGUCCAUUAUAUUAUUUGUGAUCUUCACAAUGAUGUAGCAAAUAAAAUAUAGAAUAUUAAAUACAUUGGAACUAGUAUUUAUAGAUUGUAUUCCUGAUAUUUAUUUUGUUUCUAUGAAAUUUCUAUCCAUGUGGCCUCUUCAAAUCAGCUUUUUUAGGAGUAGGGUUUUAUGUUUUCUAUCCAUGUCAUUUACUUAAAAAAUUUUUUAAUUUAACGACCCAUUAAUUCUUUAUUGAAUUUCAACAAGAAUGACUGAGAACAUGGGUGUAUCUAUGACAGUUAUCGAUGAAUAGCCUAUGUAAAUGCAUUUAAUUUGUAAUAUUUUUGCUAAACAUUAAGCUAAGGCUGGUUUAUUUAUCAUGAAUUCCUUGAUCAAUGCCCAUCAAUUUUUAAAAAAAAUUAUUCCAUGAACUAGAUUCCGACAGCCGCUUGGAGAUCACUUAUCAUCAUUUCAAUAAUCGAUAGCAACACAAAUGUGAAAAAUGCAUCAUUCGAAAGAAAUUCAAAUUUUUAAAAAAAAAAUAUUUACAUGUUCGUGCAGCUUUAAAUUUUUUAAGUAAGGUGCUUGGAAUAUAUUAUUUUCAUCAUGUAUCAAAUUCUUUUAUACUAUGAGCUGUUGGGGGGUGCUAUUUUCUUUUAUAAUGAUAGCCAAAUAAUACAUUAAUGUUUAAGUGGGUCUUAUAUUUUUCCUUCAACUUAUUUUCUAAAAAUUUAAUUGUAGAAUUCAGUUUAACCUACAGUAAAAUAAUAAUCUGAUGUGUUUCUUUGUGAAACUUCGAUACAUUUUUAAAAAUAAAAUGAAGCUAUCACAAUUUUUUAACUUUAAAAUUUUUAAUCCCUAAAUUUAUUGCCAUAUUAUUAUACACUAACAACCAGAUAUAUGUUUUGUUUAAAAAAAAAAUUAACAGAAAAGUAUGUGAUUGAAUUGAAUAUUUGUUUAUCAUUUCAGACCACAUAUAUCUUAAAUCUUGUGAUAUAAAGCUUUGACAGCUUGCUUAGAAAUGAAAUUACUUGUUAUUUAUUGAUUGAUGAUAACAUUGGGGGCCAUUGAACAUUUUCAUACACUAAAACAUAACCCUGUGAAUUGUUUGCUAAUUAACCUUCUGAAAAAUUUAAGAUUUUUGUUUAAAAGUAGUUUUUCUCUGUUCACAUUAAAUCUGUGUCUUUCUCAAAUUUAAAAAAAAGAGAUUUUAAAUAGUUUCAAAUGAGAAAAGUUUCUUUCUUAAAAUUUGGAAAUUUCACAGGUUCUGGUUGAAAUAUUAUUAGAUAAAAAUGUAUGUCCUAUUGCUAUGGUAAUAAAGUUAAAUGACAUCUUAAAAUAUAAAUCUUAAUAUGAUAUUGUUGUUCCAUAAUUUAACUUUACCAAAUGUAAUAUCUUGCAGAGCUAUAGGCAUUGGCCCUUACUCAACCGUUAAUCCAAGAUUGUCAAUACUCUCUUGUAAAACAUUGGACAAUGCCUGAGAUUAAAUUUGUUGCUCUUGAAAUUUGGUGCACAUUUGAAACUACUGUUUUAUUUUCAUAUGAUAUCAGGUUGCUCGUGUGAAAUGGAAGUUUGAAUAAUUGUUUCACGAUUCUGAAGAAAAUAAAAUUUUGUAAAAAAGGGGUGCUGGGUACCAGAAAUAAAUCAGGAUAAAAUAAAAGGUUUUUGUCCCAUGAUAUUGUUAUGAUAAUAAGCCAAGCAUUUAGGAAUGUCUGCAAUUGUCUCAGGUACUGGUACGCUAAAAACAUUUACUUUCCUGUAUUUUGUUUGUUUGAUGACUCAUCUAAAGAUAUCCCAUCCAAGAAGCAAGAAAGCCACUAUAAUUACAUCUAAAGUCAUUCUGGGUAGUUGGAGAAAACCUUUUUUCUUUUAUUAGUCAAAGAAUUAGCUUUGUAACAGUGUUGUGGCACGAUGUAGCAAAUAUCACUUUGUGGGGGUUAUUUCUUUUGAAAACAGUCUAAGCCUCAACGCUGAACAAUACAUUUUUUUUGUACGUGUUCAAUAUCAGUGCUAAACACCUUAUGAGUUUCAACUGGACAACAGAACCAUUUUAUUAAUUGAACAAAAUGCUUCAAUGACAUCCAACAGAACACAAAAGCAACAACUCCAAGUUAAUCCCUUUUGGCUGGUAUUUCAUUGUUGAUAUAUUUUCAGCUGUUACAUUGAUAUGAUAGAAUAAAGCAGACACACGCUC